AUGGGUCCGCAUUGGCUGGCAGCGGAGGGUGCUUCCCUGGCUUGCCGCCGAGACUGGCAACAGCGGCGCCCCGUUGCUAGGACUAGCGCCGGCCGAUCGUCCUCGUGGGAGAGCUCCGCGGAGAGGUUCUUCUCGAGAGACGACCAAUACGCGCGAAGAGAAGCGUCGGGAGUCAGGAUGUCGGACAAGGUAGCGAUUAAGGAUGAUGAUGAUGAGAAUAAGGCAAUUGACAAUCCUGAAUGGGGGAGGGGUAAGGGCAGGUAUCAACGAAGAGAGGUGACGGGAAACAGGAUGCCAAACAAGGUGGUGAUUAGGGAACAAGAGGAUGAUGAUGAGAAUGAACCAAUUGACAAUCCCAAAUGGGGAAGGAUUAAGGACAGGUACCAGCGAGUUGUGGGGAGGGAUGGAGGGUCCCGUGCACUCACGGCUCGGAGGAGGGAGUUUUAUGCAUUGUAUAGACAGGAAAGUAUGGAUUUGAGUGGGAACAACAAGAAAAGGAAAGAUAAGAAGGCAGUUGAGAAAGUGCUACGGAUGGCUGAGGAGAUUGGGCUGAAGGUUAUUGAGACUUCAAAGCAUGAUCUUAACAUGGUGGUGGAUAACCGACCACACCAAGGUGUGGUGCUCGAUGCAUCACCCUUAGAAAUGGUUAAUAUAAAGGAGUUAGAUCCAGUCAGGGUGGAAGGUGGAAAGGCACCUGUGUGGAUAGCCUUGGAUGAGAUUAUGGAUCCUCAGAAUUUAGGAGCCAUUAUUAGGUCCGCCUACUACUUUGGUGCUCAGGGUGUUGUUUUGUGUGCUAAGAACUCUGCUCCAUUAAGUGGAGUAGUGAGCAAAGCUAGUGCAGGUUCGCUUGAGUUGAUUGAGCUACUCUCCUGCAGAAACAUGAUGCAGUUCUUGUCUUCAUCAGCUGAAAAUGGUUGGCGAGUCCUUGGUGGUACCAUUGCUAACAAAGCUGUACCUCUCUCUGAAAUGGAAAUAGGGGUGCCAACUAUUCUUGUGAUGGGUAGUGAAGGCACUGGUUUGAGACCCCUGGUUGAGCGAUCCUGCACACAUCUGGUCAGAAUACCUGGAAACGUUGAUGUAUUUGUUGAAGGAGCAGAUGCAGAUGCUGGGGAAGGUGACAGUUCUUCUAGUAAUCAAGAUUUGAGAUCAUUCCUCGCGGUGGAGAGUUUGAAUGUUAGUGUUGCAGCAGGAGUGUUGCUUUAUCAUCUUGCUGCAAAAGAUGCCUGCCCCGGAAGCGAUAAGCCUAGUGUUGUUCUGAUGUAA